AUGAAUGCAGUAGCAACUUUUUCCCAUGAAAACGGCAUCUGCGGAAGUGAUUCCGACUCAAAUUCCGACGGUACGCCGGAGUACUACCAGCCGAUUUCUACCGUAAAUAACGGCGGCGAGCAGGAAUACGAAGACGAAGACGGCGAACUCUCCGAUCAGGACCAGAUUCACCAUUUCCACCGCCUCCCAAACGGCUUAUCAUCUCUCGAUCUGAGCGACGAUGAAGAUGAAGAAGAGGCUGCCGCGGCGAGCGAGUCGGAGAGGGCGAUCGAACGCGCGUUCAGGGAGGACGAGAGGCGGCGCAACGCUCCUCUGACGGCGGAGAACGCCGUGCGAGUGAUGGAGGCCAUGCGCGGAAUCUCGUUCGGCGCCGUCUCACCCGAUUGGGCAGCUCAGAUUCCGGAGGACCAGUGGACCGAGCGGCUACGGAGGUUGAGGGGGCCAUCCGCCACCACUUCUGCACCUGCUGCUUCAAAUUAA